UUUAUUUUGCAGCUCUGAUUCGGAGCAAGACACUCCGGCUUACAAGUGUGCAGAGCUUUAUUCAUAUUGUUUACUCAAUAUGGAAGUUUUUAAAAAUCUGAUGAUCUUACAAGUACUGAAGCAGCAGUGAAUGAGGAUGAUGGUGAACACUAAGGUUUCCGUGAAUCAGCAGUGCCCCAGAAAGUGCUUCCCUUCUUGAAACUCCAGGGAAGUAUUGGAACGAAAAGAACUUGAAGAGGGAGCCUAGCCAAACAGAGAUUUUUGAACUUUGGUAGGCUAGCUGAAGCAGAGUUUUAGCACAAACACAAAUCAAAGUCUGUGUGUUCUUAAAAGCAGCAUUUCCAUAACUAAGAAAUAUCAAGAUUUAAAUCAUAAAUACUUUGGAACACUCAGAAGAACAACAUGGGAGAAACUGAGAAAAUUGAAACCCAAAGAAUAAGAUGUUUUUCCAAGUUGAAGAUGUUUCUGCUGGCAAUAACAUGUGCAUUUAUAUCCAAAACACUAUCUGGAUCUUAUAUGAAUUCCAUGCUCACACAAAUAGAGAGACAAUUCAACAUCCCGACAUCACUAGUUGGAUUUAUUAAUGGGAGUUUUGAGAUUGGAAAUCUUUUUUUAAUUAUAUUUGUGAGUUAUUUUGGAACGAAAUUUCACAGACCUAGAAUGAUUGGCAUCGGAUGUGCUGUUAUGGGCCUUGGGUGUUUCUUACAGUCUCUACCUCAUUUCCUCAUGGACCGAUAUGAAUAUGAAUCUACAGUUUUAGGCAAUUUGUCCUCAAACAGUUUCUUGUGUAAUGAAAAUGGAACCCAGAUUUUCAGACCAACAGAAGAUCCGUCAGAGUGUGUGAAGGAAGUUAAAUCAUUAAUGUGGGUAUAUGUACUAGUAGGAAAUAUGAUACGUGGAAUUGGUGAAACUCCCAUCAUGCCUUUGGGUAUUUCCUACAUAGAAGAUUUUGCAAAAUCUGAAAACUCUCCUCUAUAUAUUGGGUUUGUAGAAACAGGAGCUAUCAUUGGUCCUUUGUUUGGACUUUUGUUAGCAUCAUUCUGUGCAAAUGUUUAUGUUGACAUCGGAUCUGUAAACACAGAUGAGCUGACUAUCACUCCAAUUGAUACUCGUUGGGUUGGUGCAUGGUGGUUUGGCAUUUUGAUUUGUGCAGGAGUGAAUGUGCUCACUGCCAUUCCUUUUUUCUUUUUGCCCAAAACGCUUGCAAAGGAAGGAUCAAAGGAUAAUGCUGACAUCGUCAAAAAUGACAAAGAAGAGAAACAAAAAGAAGUCAAGAAGGAAAAUGAUGGAAUUACUAAAGAUUUUUUACCGUUCAUGAAGAGUCUUUUUUGCAACCCAGUUUACAUGCUUUUUAUGCUAAUCAGUGUGGUACAGUUCAAUGCAUUUAUUAAUAUGAUGUUCUUCAUGCCUAAAUAUGUGGAACAGCAAUAUGGAAAGUCAACUUCAGAAGCAAUCUUUCUAAUUGGUAUUUACAACUUACCUCCAAUAUGCAUUGGAUAUAUUUUCGGCGGAUUAAUGAUGAAAAAGUUCAAAAUUACUGUCAAACAAGCUGCCCACAUAGCAUGUUGUUUAUCUUUCAUUGACUUUCUUCUCUACUUUUCGUGUUUUUUCAUGGUCUGUGAUAAUUCUUCAGUUGCUGGCAUAACCACCGAUUAUAAAGGAAUGCAGCAAGAUUUACACAUUGGAAAUGCCAUCCUUGAUGAUUGCAACAUGGAUUGCAACUGUCCAACUAAAACAUGGGACCCUGUGUGUGGAAGCAAUGGUUUGUCAUAUAUGUCAGCUUGUCUUGCUGGUUGUGAGACAUUUGUUGGAACAGGACUGAACAUGGUGUUCCAUAACUGUAGCUGCAUUCAGACCGUAGGAAAUUCAUCGGCAGUUCUUGGGCUGUGCGACAAAGGACAUGACUGCUCCAUGAUGCUCCAGUACUUCUUAAUCCUGUCUUCAGUCAGCUCUUUCAUUUACUCUUUAUCUGCCAUCCCUGGAUACAUGGUUCUCCUGAGGUGUAUUAAGCCUGAAGAGAAGUCUCUUGGUGUGGGAUUACAUGCAUUUUCCACAAGAAUAUUUGCUGGAAUCCCUGCACCUAUAUAUUUUGGAGCUUUAAUGGACUCCACAUGUUUACAUUGGGCAACUUUUAAAUGUGGUGAGUCAGGAGCAUGCAGGAUAUAUGAGUCCACUAACUUCAGACACCUCUACCUUGGAUUGCCAGCAGCACUAAGAGGAUUAAGCUAUAUUCCAGCCAUUUUUAUCCUAAUUAUUUUGAGGAAGUAUCGUCUACCUGGUGAAAAUACCACUUCAGGAACUGUGCCUGCAGAGGCAAAGGUUACCGGGAAUGAGGGCCAAGAAAUGGACCAAACUUGCAAAAUUUUGAAUAAUAAUGUAUUGAACACUAAAAUGUAAUAUCCUAUUAUUCAUGUUUCCCAGAGUUGGAGAACACACUAUAACUUAAUUGUUUUUAAAAAUCAAUAGAGGUACUGUAGGUAACCUUUUCUUGUCUAAGAACCUAAAAAAAGUUUUUUUACUUAAGGUAAAAAGAAAAAAGUUCACUGAUGGUAUUUCUGAGCCAUCAACAGCACUUGAGGUUUUUCUUAGAUGGACAUUUAUAGCAACCUUGAGAACUGGAGAUUAGAGCCAGCUUAAUUAUUUAAAAAUAUUUUGUUAAUCUUCGCCCAAGAAUCUAUUUCUAUUAAUUUCUUUAGAUAAGAAGGGAGAGAGAUAGAGAUAGAUAGAUAGAUAGAUAGAUAGAUAGAUAGAUAGAUAGAUAAACAGGCCGAUAGAUAGAAACAUCAAAGUAAGAAACAUUGAUCAAUUGCCUCCCUUGGAUUAAACCCACAACCUAGGUGUGUGCCCUGACUGGGAAUCAAACCCACAACCUUUUGGUGUAGUGGAUGAUGCUCCUACCAACUGAGCCACCCAGCCAGGCCUACAGCCAACUUUACAUUUAUGUUAAAACAGCAAUUUCUCUUUUAACUUAUGUACAAUAAGAAUAUAUUUCCUUCAUUGUCUUUUCCUAAUAACUCUAAAAAUUCCCUGUUAUGAAAAUCUACUUAAUUCCAUUGAGUAUUUGCUUUGCUAUUGGGAUUAGAGACUGGAAUUCUCAUCCUGCUAUGUGAAUAUUUAAGUAUUUUAUUCAAAUUUAUUGCUUCCAACUAAAAGAAGCAAUAAAUUUGUUGUCUUCUUUUAUUUAUAAAUUAUUCUUUAACUCCUCCUAUUUACUCCAGACAUGACUUUGAAAAUAGUUUACUCAUCAAUGUGCCAUCACAUGCUUUCAACCCAUUCCCUGCUUUAUUAUUCAUGCCAUAUAUUUGCUCAUUUUGUUCAGCAAACUGACAAACUGAAUCAGGUUAUUAAAAAUCAUGUAGUAAA